AUCCACCCAUACUCUGCUCUCCAGCUACCUCCUUCCGACAUCUCCGGCGUAGAUCGGCCAAGAUAUGAGAAAGCAAGGCUCCAGGCGUAUAAAAGGUUCUAUGGACAGUUUCCUUUACUGACUGCACCACGAGACAUCUACGGUGGCACGAUGUGGUGGAAACUACUUCUUGUGAUCUGCGCGGUGGCAGCCUUCAACAUCGGGGCAAAUGCCGAUCCAACAUCUGAGUUGAGGGAUGAGCCACGGCACCGACAGAAAAGGAACAUACGACAACUUGCGAGAAUGAUAGAAAAGGUAACCGGGCGCAACGCCAAAGACUACAACAAGUACGGCUGCUGGUGUGGGAGGGGCGGCGCAGGAGAGCCUGUGGACGGCAUUGACACCUGCUGCAAGGCUCAUGACGAAUGUUAUGAGACAGUGGACCGUCCCUACAGGACCACGUACAAUUUUGCUGUUGACGCUGGAGUCGUGACCUGUGAAGAUGAUCCCGGUACCAACGAACGUGCGGUGUGCGAUUGUGACCGGACGGCCGUUCUGUGCUUCAACGCAAACGUGUACCCGGACCCACCGGUGAAGCCAGCCUGCCCUUAAGAUAUUUCUUUUUCCAUUCCAUUCAUGCCAGGCGUUUGCAAUAAAUGCAACUUGUGAAAGAGCUGCUGCAUGUUAGGUCUAUUCUAUUAAUUUGAUGCAAUGAAAGCUGGUACUUUAAAUGCAAAAGUUCGUUUAAAGAAGAUAAUUAGAACUGUCAGAGCCGUUUUUUCAAAAAUACCUGGGCUAGGGUUGUUGAAAUGAAUCAUUAAGUUACUUAUUAUAUGAAUCUAAUUUCCUGAUAACUUUUUUUCAGAAAAGUUACAUCCUUUCACAUUUUUGCUCCAUAUAAGACUGCAUGCUGAAAAUAUAAUUUUCAAUUUUCUAAAUGUUAAUAGAAUAAUUUUAGUUGUGAGAUGGCAGCUUAAAACAGAAUCGCGAUUUAUACUUUGCUUUGUAACCAAAUCAUGCUGGUUAUAAACUUGUAGCACUUGUGGUAGCGAAUGUAUACUGUCAUUGUUUAUACCUUGUAGGGUACUAAGGAUCCAUUUAAAACCGUUUAUGCUAGGUUCAAGUUUAGUUUAAGAAAUAUAUUUGCACCUGUAAGGAUAAUUUCCUAUUUUAUUUCUGUAUAAUGCUAAUAAUUGCAUGGUAAUGUAGAUCGAAAUAAUUAGUCUUUUAGCACCGAGCACACGCAAGAUACCCGACAUACGUGGGUGUAUUCUUAUAUAGAAAACUGUUGACGUAGUAAAUUUUAUUUUGCAUCCGAUAAACGCCACAUUAAAUGCAUGCAAAGUUUAAAUAAAUGCGGAACCUCUUCAGACAC